AUGAGCUAUGUGUUUUGGCCAGAGAGUCUUAGAAUAAGGGAGCAGCAGCUUGGAGAUGGGCCGCUGGUUGCUGUAGCAUUGCAGGUGAAGGAUUCCUAUGUCGUGCUGGAUAUAUGUUAUGAGCAGGUAAUAAGAACAAUCAAAUUAGAGAAGCCCUACUGCGUCGUUGCCAAGUCGUCGGGAACAGAGCGGAAAUGGGUUUAUUCAAUUGAUGGAACGAUUCUGGUUUGGUUUAAAGAGCCCAAGGUGAAACUUAUGCAAUUCUACUCUUUGGAACCUUUGUCCUUGGAAUUGCCGGAGAAAAUUGCCAGCCCUGAACUAGACCCUUCCGCAGACAAGGCAAACGCUAUCAAGCUAUUCUCUCACCCAAGGUAUCAGAAUUAUAACCGUGAUAUAAGGGACAUUAUACUGGUUAUUAACGUAUACUUUAGACAGUUAAAGAAAUUGCAUAAGGAGUACCCGAAAUUAUCCAGGGAAGUUGUAAGUUCUUCGGCACAGCUUUUCGAAGAUGUUAAACACUUUAUCUGUAAAACGUGGAUUUGGGCCUUCUUUAGAAGUUCUUUCCAUUACCUGUUAUUAAUGGUAAAUUACAUUUCUAGCUCUGUUCUCGUUCUACUAAAUAGGAAUUUUCCACAAUUAAUCAAUAUAUCUGCCACAGCUCAGCAAAUAGAUCUACGGUGCCGUCAACACUGUUACUUCCCAGUACAAUACUUAAAGAUCACUAAAAAUAUACAAUUCAGAGAGCAAAUUCCACGGUUUAGAAGUAAUUCUAUUAGAAGUAUACUUCAGUUAAGAGACGACUUACCAUUUGAGAAUUAUCCCGAAUAUAUUAGGAUGUACAAUACUAUAUGGUUGAUUUUUAACGAUUUAUCCUUUGGUUUAAUAAUUUCAGCUUAUAUUACUGAGAAUAGUGAAGCUAUUGUUACGUCAUUUUCUUCCCUGACUAGAUGGCUAUUAUAUGAUCAGCUCAGGGACUUGACUAUAUUUUUAUCAAACAAUCCAUUUGGGAUAAAACUUAAUCAAGAAAUGGGUGGGUUCUUAAGUGAAUUGUUUUUAUGGGUGAUAGAUGUAUCGUAUUUUACCUAUAUAAGAUACUUCAUCAAGGAAGAGAUUUUCAGACGAUUGUUAAAGGUUCUGGUUCAAGUUUCUUACGUUAUUGGGGCAACGUUCACUCUUGCCAUUAUCAUUGAUUUUAUAUCAAUCAUAUCAUUCCCUAUAUUAAUUUUCUAUCACAUCAGCUGCAAGUUAUACAGAUUACAGGUUAACAUAAUGGUAAGUUUGUUUUAUUUGUUUUGUGGUAAGAAGAGGAAUGUCCUAAGGAAGCGUGUUGAUUACAAAUAUUUUGAUCUUGAUCAGUUGCUAAUGGGAACACUUCUAUUUAUCAUUUUGCUAUUUUUGUUCCCAACGGUAUUGGUCUUUUAUGCCGCAUAUACAUCACUUCGUGUGGUUUUUUUAAUUAUUGAAUUAGGUUUGCAAUCCUUAAUUGCGUUAAUUAACCAUUUCCCACUAUUCGCCCUAUUGUUACGUCUAAAAGAUCCAAUGAGAAUUCCUGGAGGCGUAUACUUCACAACCUCCUUUAAUCAAGAUAGGAUAGUUAUGAGGAUGUAUAAUAAGCCUACGCAAAUUGGUCUUAUGUUUCGACCAUAUCAAGCCUUAAUGAGAAGUUUAUACAAAAACUAUUUAUCACCAGCAGCAGUCAAGCAUUUGAUUAAAGGUGGUAUAAUAGUAAUGCAGAGGAAAAACCUCUACUCAGUUUUGUACUCAUCGUUGCCGGAUAACCCAGUAUCAUCUGGAGAACUUUAUGAUGGAUUAUUUAAUAAGUAG